AUGAAGCUCCUAAUACUUUGCCUCUUGGUUAUAUCUGUUUUGUGUGUUCCAACCCUUCGACCUUAUGACAAUGAUAAGGUAUUCAAAGUGUUUCCAGAAAAUGAAGAAGAAGUGGAUAUGAUUAAACAUUUGGACAGUAAAAAGCAGGUUAAUUUCUAUUAUCCAAAAUCCCUUCAUCGUGUGGUCCCAAAUAACCCUGUCACCUUUCAUGCUAGUGCAAAUGAAUCAAAAAAACAUCAUAUCUCUAUUUCAGCAAAAAGGGAUUACGAUAGAAUGUGGCGAAAGAAUCGAACUCCUAACAAUAAUUGCAUUGGGACGGACCUUAACAGGAAUUUCAACAUAUCCUGGAAUAAAUUUGAGAAAGAUAAAGGUCCAUGCGAUGAAGUGUAUGCAGGAACUGGUCCUGAAUCUGCAGUAGAAACUCAAGCAUUCACUGCGUACAUAAGGAAAAACCUCUACUCUAUUAAAGCAUAUAUCAGCUUCCAUUCCUGUGGGCAAAUGUUAUUGUACCCUAAUGGAUAUACAGAGGAAGAAACACCAAACCACGCAACAUUGUUUGCUAGCAACUGUCAAGUAUCUGGUUCUUCAAUUGAUUGGGCCUAUUCAGAAGGGAUUAAAUACUCAUUUGGUUUCGAGCUACGUGAUGAUUUUGAAUAUUGCUUUUUACUUCCAGAAUACCAAAUAAAACCAACUUGCAAGGAAACUAUGUUGGCUGUGAAAGUGAUCAGCAACUACAUAUUAGGGUUAGAUGCAUAA